UUCUUUCACUCGUCUGCUGGGGUCGGGUAGAUAUGGAAGAGUUUGCGGGUCGAAGAGACAACCACAGCCUGCCCGUGAAGAAACGCGCACUCUUCAGACACCGGUGGACUUUAUAAACUCAACAGAAGCAGCGGACGUUAACACCUGCCGCGGGGCUUCAAACACCCUCCCUCCGCGACAUGGCACUCAGCUCGGGCGGCUGGGCUCCUCCAGCCCCGGUCCCUGCCUCGUCCCAACAGGCUGCAUGCGGCGGGCCUGCGCUGACGCCUUGCUGCACUACUGUUUUAAUGUCAGUCCGGGUUUCGGUGUGCCAUUCAGGGAUCCGGCCCCUGUGUCUCCCUGGAGCAGGCAGCGAGGCUCUGCGCCUCCAGCUCAGCAUGGACCCGAGCCGGGCCGGAGAGUUCCGACUGGCGCUGCGAGAUACGAGCGGAAACCGCAGUGUGUUCAUUGCCGAGUUUGACCUGCGCUCGGUGCAGUACGAGGUGAAAUCCCCUCGCUGCCAUGAGAUGCGUCUCGCCGCUCCGCCUCACGACUGCAUCCGCUUCAACUUCCGCUGCGACCGCGAGGCCGAGGAGUGGGCCACCGUGGUGAUGUCAUCACUCAGAGAGGCACAUCGAGUUGCAAAUAUGAACACGUGUGAAUCAGAUGGCAGACACGAGGACACCGCAGCAGCUAUGGAGCAGUGGAGCUCCGCAUCGCUGCCGCUCACUGAGGAGCUGUGCUUGGAGCUCGCCAGGGCGAUUGAAGCAGGCGAUACUGAAGGGGCUUCACAGCACGCGUCCGCUCUGGCUCGGCAAAAAGCAGCGCUGACGAUUCAGCUGUCUGAAAACAACUACGCAGAGGGAGAGAUCAGUUUAUCUGUGGUAGUGGAGGAUGUCUCGUCAUCCUGUUGUGUCACAGUGAAAGUCUUUCCUUACAUGACCGUGGCUGCACUCAAGCAACAGGUGUUUCUCGAGUACGGUUUCCAUCCUCGCGUGCAGCGCUGGGUGAUUGGUCAGUGCUUGUGCACCGAGCCGAGGUCGCUGGCCUCCUACGGGGUGCAGAAGGACGGCGAUACGGCGUACCUCUACCUGAUCUCCGCCCGACAAGCCCGCAUCACCCGUCAGCUGUUCCAGCAGGACCUGGAGAGCGCCCUCCUCGCCCCACCACUCCCACCGGGCAACGGCCCAACCUCCCAAGACUGGAGGGGUUACAGCACGCUGCCCUCAAGGCUACCCCACAGCAACCAGGGGAGCACCGGUGGAGGAGGCGAUAGACCAGGUGAUAUCAAAGAUGUUCUGGACAUUGAGAAUCUGCAGCUGAGCGAUCAUACCAACAAAGCCAGUAAAACACAGCAGACAGAGUGGGCUUGUCCCUCAUGCACUUUCAUCAACAAGCCUUCCCGUCCAGGCUGUGAAAUCUGUGCUACAGCCAGACCUGACGCACACAUCCAGCAGGAGAAAGGAAGGAGAGAGGAUCGAGGGGAGUUCGGUUUAAGCAGCAGCUGACUGCCCAUCGUCGCUGUCAGGUCGCCAUGUCUCACUCACACACACACACGUACACACACACACAGACUAAGGAUGAUAAACAACUAAAUACUCACAUAAAGACUAUCAAGUGCACUGAGAGUCGUCUGACAGCCGGAGCGAUUGAAGCACUGUAGACAGAGCUGCGCUGGUCUAGGCUCAGACGAUGAACUGCAGGCAGCGUCCGAUUUGACCGGUUAUAUGGACAUGACCAUGACAUACAGUACAUCUGAAUUUGGCCAGCUCUCUUUAUUUAUUUUACAUGGUGUGUGUGUGUGUGAUGCAAACACAGACGACCUAAUAUUUAUUUUAGGUGAGAGAGUUGAUGGACAUUUUUUGAAUUUGUCGCGCUGAAAUUGAGGGAAUGUCAUACUUUCAGUUUCUGAACUGUGUAGUGAGAGAAAAGGUGACUCCUUGUGCAAUACCCUGUUCUGUUUGUUCAUUUGCCAAAAUGUUUGUUUGAAAACAAAACAAAAUAGAAGAAGAAAAAAAAAAAGCCAUGGGUGAGAAGAGGUGUGUCACGUUUACAGGGUUGUCAAGUGCUUUUAUUUUUUUAUAACAUUGUAUUAAGUGUAUUAUUAACAAAAUUCAUUGAGUAAUUGAUGUACAUUUUAGCAGUUGAUCAAAUUUUACUCAAUUCCCUGUGAGCUGUGACAGCAGUGGAACGAUGUUUUCAGUACAUAAUGUAAAAUCUUGCAUUAGCGGAAUAAACAUAACGGAAUUAAACAAA